CUUCGGAAUAUUGUUUUAUGCGAAAUAUUAAAGCAAAAAUGUGUUUUUCUAACUUUCAAGACUUAUUUUGCCUUUAAAUCAGUGUUUUUGUGUUAUAAUACUAUUUUGUGUUAGACUGUGUGUUGUAACAGGCUGAAUCAGUGUUUGUUUGUGCCUUUUAUUGAUUUUUUUUGAACAAGUGUUCUUUGUGAUUCGUUUAAAACAAAAUUGUGUUUUUCAAACUUUUAAACUCAAAUUAAUGUUUUAAUAGUGAAGUAAAUCAACAAAAACAAAGAUGAAGACGAAACUGACUUCCGUUACGUAUCUUGGCUUCACUGCCAUGGAUCGACGGUUCUCUAACGCUAUGCUGCCCUGGUUACUCCGGGAGAUCAGAGCUACGGGGGUUAGAGACAAGCUCAGCAUAGCAGUGGAAGAAGGCUGUUUGAAGGCCUACAAUGGCAAUUUUGAACCUGUUAUAGUACACAGACUUGUCGAUAUCGUUCGGGCCAGUCAGGUGCCAGGUAGACCGGAGGAGCUGUUUUACAUACUCCUCAAUGAGAAGGAGGGACUCCUCAAUUGCUUCCUCUUCAAAGCCGCUACGGUUAAGGAGGUGACAGAACUCUUUACACAAAUGCGGGAGCCGUCACCAGGUACAGCCAGCCCCAGAGGCUCCAAUACCUCCCUCUCCAAUGGCGCUGUCACCAAGAACAUUGGCUUCCAACAACAGAACAGCUCUGAACAUCUUCCUUGGAGCAGCCCUGCUAUUUCUUUGCCUGGGAACUGUAACUCUAAUUUGACGAGUGAAAAUCAGAAUCCAAUGGGUCGCACAAUCAGCAAUGCGUCCGCUCUCACCUCGCUCUGCGCUGAUCUCUCAGCCUCCGACUCUCACUUCUUUGAGGUUGCAUAUAUCGGAAAGGUGAGGAUAUCGCAGCGAAAGGUUCCAGAGUCUCUGAUCGACGAUGCCCUUAUAAAGUUCGCUCAGCACGAAGCUGAGAAAGCAUUGAAACAACGUCGACACAGCUUACUAUCUUCGACUGGAACCUCCUUAUACAGCAGUGGCGACUCGAAAGAAAAUCUCGAAGAUGACAACUCACCACCAAAAGACAUAUUUAAAAAUAAUAGGAAAAUUCUAACACCUAGCACAACCCCUUUAGAACCUGACAAAGCUUGGGCGAGCGCAGAAACGUUAAACGCAAAACAAGACCCUAAGAAAAUCGAUGAAGAAUUCGACAUGUUUACUAAAGAACGCGUUGAAAAUACAAAAGAUACACAUAUGAAAAAACCUACACCUUUAGAACCAAAUGUUUUGAUCUUAAACGCUCCUAAAAACAAUUUGGACACAGUAAAAGAAGAGGACAAAUCCGAUAUUUUCUCUGUCAUUUCCGAAACGGCAUCCUCGAUAACGCAAUUUUGCGAAAAAUCCAAAAUGGAAGAUUCGAAAAUGGAUGCAAAAAGUCCAAAUACGGUUGCAGCAAAGUCAGAUUUAAGCCAGAAAGGUAGAGAAGAUAGUCCAGCGCCUAUGAAUUUUCAGGAGAUAAGCAGAAAGCCUGUUACGGUUGAAAGAAAAACUUUGAAUGAAAAUAAGCCAUUUUUGAGAGAUCGGUCGGCUUCUAUUGGGACGAUCAAUCAGAAAACGCCUAUUGCUCAUUUGAUUGGAGAACAGAACAGGACUAUGCUGUUUCAGGUUGGCAGAUCAGAGCUCCGCCUAAUAAGUCCAGAUCGAAAACAAAUUUUGUUACACCGAGCUUUCAAAGAUGUCGCCUCCUGCGUUUUAGGGAGACUGAAUAAAGAGCAUUUUGGUUUUGUGUGUCGAGAAACGAAUGAUACUUACGCUUGCUAUGUAUUCAAGUGUGAGAGUGAUUCGGUGGCGCUGGAGUUAAUAAAUGCUAUCAAGCAAGCGUUCGUCGCCCACGCCGACCUUCUGAAGAAGUCUCGAGAAAAGUCACCGAACAUGACUUGUGAGCAUUGUCCCAUGUUGUGGUACCAUCGACUGUGCCAUGAUAUUGAGGGUAUGAACGACAAAAAGACCCAUGCCUUCAUCCUCCGCCGCAUAGAACAGCUGCCUGAAGAUGAACAGGAUCUCAUCAUCACCAAAUACCAGGGCGGUACCAAUCAUAUGUAUGAGACGGGCGAGCACAACGCUUUCCUUAUGAUGUUGUUACGCGCUCACUGCGAAGCGAAGCAGACACGGCAUGUUCACGACACCGCUGAGAAUAGAUCAGAAUUCCUAAACCAGUACUUAGGUGGCAGCACUAUCUUUUCGAAAGCCAGGCGUUCUAUUUCAAGCAGUUUUGAUCUCCUCAAACGGAAAGCCAGCAGAGAUGAUGGAACUCCGCCAGUUAUUAAAAAGGACACCUCACCACUUCCCACUCCAGUACCAAUAGUUUUGGACUCGGGAUCAGAACACAACCAGGACUUACUCUCACCAGAAGUUGUCAGAAGCAAGAGUUUGUCUCCAGCUGUUAUUGAUGAAUACACUCCGUCUCCGCGAUCCAACAUGACUCCCACUCCAGAAGAGAGCGAGGAGACAGCUGGAGAUUCAACUCCUGUCAACUCUCCUAUGAUGGAUAUAUUCCUUAAAGUGAGUGACAAUCGCCCCGCACAAGUGGAGGCUGGCACUGAGAAUGAAGCUACUUGGCGACAAGCCAUCUACGAGAAGAUUGUUCAACCAGAAGUACAAGUUGAAGGAGAAUUGACAGUUCUUAGGAAACCGUCAGGGCCUAAAGGGAAGAGGACCAGGGAAGAACUGCGCCAGCUGUGGAAGAUGGCGAUAGACCAGACUAUUCUACUGGUUAGAAUGGAAAAAGAAAAUGCCAGACUUAAAGAAAGCGAAGAAUCAUCAGCGGUUCGAAGAAUAAAGCUGGAAUAUAACGAGCUCAGUGUCUGUGAUGGAGGGGUCAGCUCAAUGUGGGAUUCUCUACUGUCGAGGGACUCUUCGCAACCAAUGGCGAAGGUUGACCGGCAUAUGUUAACCCAAGCUGUAAUUCAAGGAGUGCCUCGAAUGUCCCGUGGUGGAGUCUGGUACUUCCUGGCAGAGCAGGCCUGCCUCCGCAGCGCCCCGCCAGACACCAAGGCCUGCCCGCUGUACCACGCGCCAUACUCCACGCUUCUUGCAGGACUCACCAAGCAUCAACAUGCCAUACUUAUAGACCUCGGACGUACAUUCCCUAAGCAUUCGUACUUCGCAUCAGCUCUGGGGCCUGGUCAGCUGGCUCUCUACAACAUACUGAAGGCAUACUCCCUGUUAGAUCCUGAUGUAGGGUACUGCCAGGGCCUAAGUUUUGUAGCUGGAGUACUGUUGUUACAUAUGGAGGAGGCUGAGGCAUUCGUGUUACUGCGCCACUUGAUGUUCAGACGAGGGCUCAGGAAGCAGUAUCUACCAGACAUGAGCGCUUUGCAAGUACAGCUAUACCAGCUAUCCCGUCUUCUUCGUGACCAUGAACCAGAUCUCCACGCGAAGCUGGAAGCCUUGGACAUAUCCCCCGCAUUAUACGCAGCGCCCUGGAUGCUGACGCUCUUCACCAGCCAGUUCCCAUUAGGAUUCGUUGUUAGGGUUUUCGACUUAAUAUUCCUAGAAUCUCUAGACGUGGUAUUCUCCGUGUCCCUCGCGUUGCUGUCAGCGCACAAGGACGGGCUGAUGAUGUGCGAGAGCUGCGAGGAAGCUGCAGAGUAUCUCAAACAUAAACUGCCAGAUAUGAGCAAGCCCAUGUAUGAGAAAGUUAUGAAGAAGGUGAUAUCCUUGGACAUACAUCGCCAACUAUGCGACUAUGCAGUUGAGUAUGCAGUACUUAGAGAAGAAAUGCCAAGACUUGCAACACUUACUGAAGAAAACCGACAAUUACUGGACGACAAAGCGAGAAUGGGGGAGGAACUUGAUGAGGCAAUGGACGCAAUAACAAACUACCAAAAGAACCAAUCAAAGCUAGAAGCAACAAACAAAGCUUUAGAACAACAGCUGACACUCCUCUCAAGAUACAUCUCCGCCCACCACAAACAAGAAAUCCCAUUAGAAAUAAAGAAAAUAGUUCAAAACCACAGCAAGAAACUAACAUUCAAAAUAUUCUCGACGAAAUUCUCGAACGACGAACAAGAGGAUCCAAGAAAGAACUUCAAAACUGGUCUUAGUUCACCGAAUUUGUUCUCGAAAAUUCGCGAAGAUUCGCCGAAAGAUAUAGAACAUGAGCGGAGGCAGUUCGCGAUGAAAAAGUCCCAAUCCGUCCACUCCGGUCUGAUAGCCAACAUGAAGAACUACCAACUAAAAGUACUGGACGAAAAGGCAGAGACCAAACAGGAAAAUAUAACGGACACAUUAAAAGAACUGGGUAAAAAGAACGCUGGUUUCUUCGCGAGUACUCACGAACAGAUCCGUCAAGAACGGCUUUUCGAACACCAACUGAAGAACAAUUUCGACGAGAACUUAAGAAAGUUGGACGAGAAACUGAACGAGAAGUUGAACCCUUCAUCGUACAUCGACGACUUGAGCAUAUUCCAGAGUCGUAAGAGUAUGUCCUUGAACUUAACUCCUAUAAACGAUGGGAAAGUUAAUGAUAGUGGUUUCGUCACACCUUUAAGUCCUGAUGAGAAGAAAGAAGAUUCUUCUUCGACUAUAUCUCACCCAUUAAGCGAUUGUGAUGUAGAAAUCAAAUUCGAUGGACAAUCUACGAAACUUAAACAAAUAAGACCUAUAAAACACGUUGAAAAAUCCUAGUAAGUAAAGUUUUGUAUUAUAAAACUUAUUUUGUAAGCAUUAGAAGUGAUAUUUCAAUAAGAGUCCCGUUGUGACU